AUGAAAAUAAAUGUCGAAUGUUCCUCUAUAACCUAACCCAACUUUUCAAAGCCAUAAAAUUUCUAAUCAAAUUUACUAAAAUCUUCUAAAAUCGAAGAGAAAUGAAUAUUUACACUUCUAUAGCCACCAACUGUACUAAAAUAUUCAAUACAAAUGCAAACCCUAUAUUUCAACAAGUAAGAAACAAAUGGGUUAAUAGAUGGAUGAUAAGAGAUGUUAAAAGGAGAAAGACGGUUACUGAAUAUGCUCCUAUGAGGCUACGAGUGAAUGCUUUAAGAAAAAAUAAUAUACUGCCUCCAGAAAUAAGAGAGUUAGCCGAUGCUGAAAUACAGGCAUUUCCAAGAGACUCAGCUCUACUACAUUUGACAAAUAGAUGUGUUGUAACAUCUAGACCUAGAGGCAAUGUGAUGAGAUGGAGAUUGAGUAGAAUUGUUUUUCGUCAUUUAGCAGAUUAUAAUAAGUUAUCUGGUAUUCAAAGGGCAAUGUGGUAGUUCAAAAAUAAGCUAAUAGAAUAUUAUAUUUA